GCCACGCAGGGUUUUGACUUCCUUCAGGCCAUCGAGGGGGGAUUCAUCUCCGCACUGCCUGAGGACGACUUCCUGAGUCUGCAAGCGCUGAUGAACGAGUGUAUUGGUCAUGUGAUCGGCAAACCACACAGUCCUGUCAGCGGAUUCUACUUUGCUCCAAGACCCAACCCCCGAGCCAGCCCCCGCCCCCCGACCCGCUGCCAUAGCGACCCGCCCAACCCCUGCCUCUUCAUCCCCAACGAGGGCUUCAGCUCUAGGAGUUUGCCGUGUGACCUGCGGACCCAGCUGUUCCCUACGGGGCCCCGCCCCAUCCCCCCUGCUCCGCCCCUCUCGGGGGACACGCCACACCCCAAAACCCCCGGCAGCGCCCCCAAUGACGCCAGAGUGUCUGCUAUCCUUGAGAAUGAUCGCCUAUCAUCUGUCGCCAGUGAGUUCAAAUCUCUCAGUCGCCAUUCAAGCCCCACGGAAGACCGCGAAGAGCCCUCGUACCCGAAGCCAGACGCCGCUGGAGGCAUGAGGAGGAGCUGGGAACUCCAGAACUUCAUCAGCAUGUCCAAAGACGCGGCGGCGCGCCAGAGCCCCAUGGAGUCUGUGCGGCGCUCGAUACGAGACCUCGACAAGAAACGCUACGGCGACAUGAAGCAGCGAAACAUCAUCGGCCAGGUGUGCCAUACCCCCAAGUCCUACGACAACGUGAUGCACGUCGGCCUGCGCAAGGUCACCUUCAAGUGGCAGAGAGGCAACAAGAUCGGUGAGGGUCAGUAUGGGAAGGUCUACACCUGCAUCAACGUGGACACUGGAGAACUUAUGGCUAUGAAAGAGAUCCGCUUCCAGCCCAACGACCACAAGACGAUAAAGGAGACGGCGGACGAGCUGAAGAUCUUUGAGGGCAUCAAACAUCCCAACCUAGUGCGCUACUUUGGCGUAGAGUUGCAUCGGGAGGAGAUGUAUAUCUUCAUGGAGUACUGUGAUGAGGGGACGUUAGAGGAAGUGUCUCGUCUGGGUCUUCAGGAGCACGUCAUCCGCCUCUACAGCAAGCAGAUCACCACCGCCAUCAACGUGCUGCACGAACACGGAAUAGUGCACAGAGACAUCAAGGGUGCAAACAUCUUCCUGACGUCGUCGGGGCUCAUUAAGCUGGGAGAUUUCGGCUGCUCGGUGAAGCUGAAGAACAACGCCCAGACCAUGCCAGGGGAGGUCAACAGCACACUGGGCACCGCAGCCUACAUGGCCCCAGAGGUCAUCACGAGGGCGAAGGGCGAAGGUCACGGGCGAGCGGCCGACAUCUGGAGUCUGGGAUGCGUACUGAUCGAGAUGGUCACCGGGAAGAGGCCCUGGCAUGAGUACGAGCAUAAUUUCCAGAUCAUGUACAAGGUUGGCAUGGGCCACAAGCCGCCCAUCCCGGAGAAGUUGAGCACGGAGGGCAAGGACUUCCUGUCGCGCUGCCUGGAGAGCGAACCCAAACGCAGAGGCACCGCCUCCGCACUGCUAGACCACCCUUUCGUCAAGGUUUGCACGGAUGAAGAGUAAAGGUGGAACAACAAGCGAUGAACUUGAUGUGUAGCACUACUGUCCAACACACACACACACACACACACACACACACACACACACACACUCACACUCUCUCGCAGGACAUGAGGAGGAAGACGAUAACCCAUGGUGGAGAGAAAGAGGAAGAGGAUGAUGACGAUGACGAUAGCAGACAAAGGAACAGUAAAUGCUCUAUAUUUCAGAGGCCCGCUGUGACACACACACACACACACACACACACACACACACACACACACACACACACACACACACACACACACACACACACACACACACACACACAGGCCCGCUGUGCCACACAUGGACUGGAAAAGUGACUCUUAAUCUCCAGAGGAGCGAAUUUUAGGGGUCGGGGGAGGGGAGGGGAGGGGUUGUAGAAAGCAGAAGUACAAAUACUCUUCUAGAUCUAAUUACAACACCAGUGGUAUGAUAUUACAUUGUGUAUGUAAUAUCAUACCAUUAAUGUUGUAAUAUUAUGCUACUAAUGCUAUGAUGUAAUUACACCUGGAAGAGUACUUGUCCUCUCUGCUUUCCACAACUCUGGGGUUUGGGGGUCGGCUGAAUUCAAAUGGGAAGGGAUGUGUAUUGUACAUAAUGUCAGAAUUAAAAGGACGAGGAUUCCUUGUAUAAAGAAUAA